AUGGGUAAGCACACAGACGUCAAACACUUUGGCUACCGGAACGUUACGGCGGCUGAGAUGGAAACCUUAGCUAGCUUCUGCGAAGCCGUCUUGCCUCCAGUGCCGCCGCCGAAGACGAAAGAAUUUUCCGGCGAAGAUGAUCACCACCGGAAUAAAGAGGCGCUCCGAUCAUUUUACUCAAUUUCUGGGUCUCAAACUCCCGUCGUUCGUCAGACGAUUGACUUGAUUAUUAAACGAGGAACGAUAGAAGCUUAUCUUGCAACGAGACUUGUUCUGUUCUUGCUUGCUACUCGUCUUGGCACGUUAGUAAUAUGUGGGUCCGAAUGUUUGGUCUCGAGCUGGCCUUUUGUCGAGAAAUUCAGUGAGCUGUCUCUGGAGAAGAGGGAAAGAGUACUUCAGAAACAAUUCAAGAAUUGGAUUUUGACUCCCAUUAGAGCUGCUUUUGUCUACAUUAAAGUCGCUUUCCUCUUCUGUUUCUUCUCACGGGUGAGUCCAAAUGGCGAAAACCCUGCAUGGGAAGCCAUAGGGUAUGGCGUGAACUUCGAUGAGAACAAACCUACAGAAAUUCACAAACAAAGACCUCUUGAGAAAGGGAUAGUGGAGACGAUGAAAGAAACAGAGCAAACUCUCCUCGAGUCACUUUCUCAGAAGGGCCUAGAAGUAAACCACGACGCAGACCACAAUGCGAUCAGGAUCAAAUGCGACGCUGUGGUGGUCGGAUCCGGUUCAGGAGGAGGCGUAGCAGCUUCUGUUCUAGCGAAAGCUGGUUUCAAAGUGGUUGUUAUGGAGAAAGGAAGCUACUUUACACCGUCGGAUUAUCCUUCUUCCGAAGGUCCUGGCAUGGACAAACUCUAUGAAAACGGAGGGAUCCUCCCAAGCGUUGAUGGGAACAUUAUGGUUCUUGCUGGAUCAACCGUAGGUGGUGGAUCUGCUGUGAACUGGUCUGCGUGUAUCAAGACGCCGAAGUCUGUUCUUCAAGAAUGGUCAGAGGAUCAAAAGAUCCCUCUCUUCUCAUCCAAAGAGUAUGUUUCUGCUAUGGAGACAGUGUGGAAGAGGAUGGGAGUCACGGAGAGAUGUGAAAUGGAGGGUUUGCAGAACCAGGUUCUGAGGAAAGGCUGCGAAAACCUCGGUAUCAAUGUCGAAAACGUGGCGCGUAACUCCUCGGAGAAGCAUUACUGUGGAUCUUGCGGGUAUGGAUGUAGAAAGGGAGAGAAGAGAGGAAGCGACCGGACUUGGCUCGUCGACGCGGUGGAUCACGGCGCAGUGAUUCUAACGGGAUGUAAAGCGGAGAGAUUCAUACUCGAAAAGAACAGAGGAUCAGGCAAGAAGAUGAAAUGUUUGGGAGUGAUGGCGAGAUCUUUAAACGGAAACAUAGCCAAGAAGAUCAAGAUCGAAGCUAGAGUAACGGUUUCAGCAGCUGGUUCUCUUCUAACACCUCCACUGAUGAUCUCAAGCGGGUUGAGAAACCGGCACAUCGGUAAGAACCUUCACUUACACCCUGUUCUAAUGGCGUGGGGUUACUUCCCGGACAAGGAAUGUUCUAGCUUCAAGGGAAAGUCUUUCGAAGGAGGGAUCAUAACAUCAAUGAGCAAAGUUUUCUCACACGAUUCAGAAGUUAGAGCCAUCAUAGAGACACCAGCACUAGGACCGGCCUCAUUCGCGGUUCUAUCCCCUUGGAGCUCAGGGUUUGAGAUGAAGAAGAGUAUGUCAAGAUACUCAAGAACCGCGAAUCUCAUAACGAUAGUUCGUGAUCGCGGUUCAGGAGAAGUGAAAACCGAAGGCAGGAUAAGCUACACUGUUGAUAAAACCGAUAAAGAGAACCUCACGUCCGGGCUUAGACAGUCUUUGAGGAUACUGAUCGCAGCUGGAGCAGAGGAAGUGGGAACUCAUAGAAGCGACGGGCAUAAACUUGUAUGCAAAGGGGUCGAUGAGAGGUCGAUAGAGGAGUUCUUGGACUCGGUGAAUGCAGAGGAAGGACCAAAGGCGAUGACAGAGAGAUGGAAUGUGUAUAGCUCAGCUCAUCAGAUGGGAAGCUGUAGGAUUGGAGAAGAUGAAGAAGAAGGAGCGUUGGAUUUGAAUGGUGAGAGUUGGGAAGCUGAGAAGUUGUUUGUGUGCGAUGCAAGUGCGUUGCCUAGUGCUGUUGGUGUUAAUCCUAUGAUCACAAUCAUGUCUACGGCUUAUUGUAUCUCCACUAGAAUCGCUAAGUCCAUGACCGCAAGUUUAUCUCACUGA